GGAGCCGCGGCCGGAGCCGCCGGAGCGGGGGUGGCCUGAGGGCGGGGGACGCGGAUGCUGUCGCCGCCGCCAUGGAGGCGAAGUCGGCGGACCCGCUGCUCUGCGACAGCCUCAUCCUCUGGCUGCAGACGUUCAAUACAGCUGCACCCUGCAGAGAUGUCCAGGACUUGACUAGUGGGGUUGCCAUGGCUCAGGUGCUUCACCAAAUAGAUGUUGCCUGGUUUGAUGCGUCUUGGCUCAAUCGCAUUAAAGAAGAUGUUGGUGACAACUGGAGAAUAAAGUCCAGUAAUUUGAAGAAGAUACUGCAAGGAAUUAUGGACUACUAUCAUGAGUUCCUGGGUCAGCAGAUUGCAGAAGAGCUUAUUCCAGACUUGACCCAGAUAUCUGAGAACUCGGAUUCCAUGGAACUGGGCAGGCUCCUGCAGCUUAUUUUAGGUUGUGCUGUCAACUGUGAGAGGAAACAAGAACACAUACAGAAUAUCAUGACCCUUGAAGAGUCUGUUCAGCACGUUGUCAUGACAGCCAUUCAGGAGCUCAUGAGCAAGGAAGUAACGGGUCCUUCCCCGUGUGAUGCAUCAAGUGAAGUGGAGCAGCAGCUUAAAAAAGCCUUGGAAGACCUUCAGGAAGCACUAGCAGAAAAAGAGGAGUUGGCACAAAGAUGUCAAGAGCUGGAUUUGCAGGUGGCUGCCCUCCAGGAUGAAAAAAACAGCUUGAUGUCAGAAAAUGAGAUUAUGAAUGACAGACUAGAGCAAUUAGAUGACUCUCUUGAUGAUCCAAAUACUGUGGUUGCAAAAAAGUAUUUCAGUGCACAGUUGCAGCUGGAACAAUUGCAAGAAGAAAACUUCAGGCUUGAAGCUGCAAAAGAUGAUUAUCGUGUCCACUGUGAAGAUCUAGAAAAACAAUUGAUUGAGCUGCAGCAUAGAAACAAUGAACUGACCUCUCUGGCAGAAGAAUCAAGAGCCUUGAAGGAUGAAAAUGACAUUCUUAGGGCCACUGCAGACAAGGCAAGCAAGCUGGAGUCAACGGUGGAAGUGUAUCGGAAGAAGCUGCAGGAUCUGAACGAUUUCCGCAGGCAGGUGAAGUCCCUGCAGGAGACCAACAUGAUGUACAUGCACAACACAGUCAGCCUGGAGGAUGAGCUCAGGAAAGCCAACGCAGCACGAGCCCAGCUGGAAACCUACAAAAGACAGGUCCAGGAGCUUCAUAACAAACUGUCUGAAGAAUCCAAAAGAGCUGAUAAGCUGGCGUUUGAAAUGAAGCGACUUGAAGAAAAAUAUGAAGCUUUAAUGAAAGAAAAAGAAAGAUUGAUAGUGCAGUGUGAUGCAUUAAGAGAGACAAAUGAGGAGCUCCGGUAUGCACAGAUGCAGCAGGAUCACCUGAGUCAAACAGGUGAAUCUCGUUUUAAAAGCCAUGAGAAUCUUGCUGCUGAAAUUCUGCCAGUGGAAUAUAGAGAGAUGUUUAUCCGGCUGCAGCAUGAAAAUAAGAUGCUCCUACUGAAACAGGAAGGAUCAGAAAACGAACGGAUUGCAGAGCUCCAGGAACAGCUGGAGCAGAAGCACCGGACAGUGAACGAGCUGGAAACCGAGAAAAGGCUCAAUGAAGAGCGUAUUGGGGGAUUACAGCAGCAAAUUGAAGAUCUGCAAAAGACUCUACAGGAGCAGGGAUCCAAGACUGAGGGAUCCAGCAACCUGAAGCAGAAACUGGCAGCACACAUGGAAAAGUUGAACGAAGUUCAUGAUGAGUUACAGAAGAAAGAGGCUGAUCUUGCAGAGCUCCAGCCUGAUGACAGUCAGAACCCCCAGAAGAUCGGAGAGCUGGAAGCAGCUUUACGAAAAAAAGAUGAGGAUAUGAAAGCAAUGGAAGAAAGAUAUAAAAUGUACCUUGAAAAAGCAAGGAAUGUGAUAAAAACCUUAGACCCCAAGCUAAAUCCAGCAUCAGCAGAAAUUAUGUUGCUCAGAAAACAGAUAAUGGAAAAAGACAAAAGAAUUGAAGCACUAGAGAAUGAAUUCAAAAUGGCUAAGCUACGUGACUAUGAGGAAAAGCUGAUUGUAACUGCAUGGUAUAACAAGAGCCUGACCCUGCAGAAGCUGGGCAUGGAAGCCAGGCUGGUUGGCAGCAGUGGCAGCUGCGGGGCCGGGCCCGGCCGCUCGUUCCUGGCGCAGCAGCGGCACGUCACCAACACCAGGAGGAACCUCACUGUUAAAGUACCAGGUGCAACAUCUGAUUAAACACGAGGGCAUGAGGAAAACUCACAUGCUAAAGUGUCCUUAAAUGUUUUAUACCUUCCACUUUACCUACUUGAUGAAAGAGGAGGUUAGAAUGGUGGGCAGCUGCAAAUUCCAACCUCAGAACCUGUCAGGAAGGGAUUAAGGUGAUCAGCCAGAAGGUAGCACGUAGUUUUCCAAGUAGAUUUAAUAACUGCAGCAUGUACAAGCACAACUUAAAAGAUUUAUAUUUGCCUUCAGAUUAUAUUGUAAAUAUGAAAUUUGGCACUAUAUAUUUAAAAGUUUAUUUAAAUGGGUUUGGGCUAGAAAGUUGACUUUUUUAAUGAAAAGAGGUUAUGCAAAGGUGUACUUCAGGAAACUGGCAAUAUUGGGCAUUUUUGCUGGGCUCUUCUGAAAAUAGAUCUAAAAGAUUGAUAGCAUCUUUUAAAAAAAAGACUUUUAUAGAAUAGAAACUACAAUUUUAAAAGCAAGAAAAUACUUGCAUUUAUAGAAGAAGAAAAUAAAGGUAUAGUACCAGUUGUUAUGUAACAGAAGACAGGAUUUGUUUUGUGAGAAGCAGAAUUGCUCAGUUUAUUAAAAAAAAAAAAGCAAAGCUUAAGUUUGUGCAUAUAUACACUGAGGAAAACCUGUCUUUAAGAUUUGAAUUCACUUAAGCCAAAAAGCUUGUCUUUUCCUGGGUAAGAAAAAAGCUAUUAUAUUAACUCAAAAGUCUGGGCUAUAUUUUAAAAGUCUGGCGUAUUGGUACACUGCAUUUAUUUGCAGAAAGGGGAUUACGUGGGAAGGAGCCCCAUUUAUUUCAACCUAUUUAUACAACCCUGUGCAUGGAAAUUGCAUUUCCUCUUUUUUAAUUGUAGUUUCACUUGGGUUAUUCUGAGCUAGCUGUGCUAGGCAGAGGAAUGAGAGAUGGCUUUGGCAAUUACUGGCAGCAGAGAUUGAUUGUUGGCAGGGAGAAAAGUGCAUAAACUAUAAUAGUUUGAUAGAAGAUGAAAUGGGGGUUGAUACCUGAAAUCUGUGUGCAGGAAGUUGCUGUCUUUCACAAAAUUUGCGACUUUAUUUCCCAAAUGUCUUACUUUUGUUUUUAAUUGUAUUUUUAAGAAACCUGUUAAUGUCUGUUCUUUGCAAGUGGUCUAGGAAAAGAUCAUUAUACCCAUAGUUAAAUAAAAUAAAAUUGCAGCAGCCCUUAAAAUGAAAUGAAUACACUCAAAUUAAGUAUUUGAGGGUGCUGUACCAAACCACCAUCUAAUAUAAAAUUCAGCUACAUGCGAGAAUGAAAACCCACCUGUCUCACCUUUAAGGCUAUCUUUGAUUUGAGACCAGGGUUCAGCUUUACAGAAUUUUUAGCUUUUGAAUUGUGACAUUUGGAUAGUGUAUUGUUUUGUCUGCCCCUUACUGUAGCUUGUCCGUUGAUUUCUUGCUUCCCCAACAUCUUAAAUUUUUAAUUGGCCAUUGCAUGUAAUGCCAGAGAAAAGGCAAGUGUUCAUUUUUGAUACUUAGGGUCGCUUCUUAGUUGUGGUGUUGUUUUACAGUGCUGUGUGUAUGAAUAGGCAUUCAGCAGAUCUCCUCCUUCAAAAGGCGUUGGUUAAAAGCCAGUCUCAUGCAAGUGUGGCAUGAGCCAGACACAUGGCUGUAGGAGAGUUGUCUGUGGUGGCAUUCUUCAGGACUCUCUGCUUCUUUGGACUACCUCGUGGGGUUUGAGGUCUGUUACUGCUGCAGUGGUGCUGGUGGAGUUGGUGUUUUUACGGUACGGUUGCAUAUUUAAUCCGCUGGUGCUGUGGGUGGGAGGUGGGGGUGAGCAGUGGAGCAGGAGAUUAAGUCUGAGCAAGAUGCUUCCAUUCCUAAAAUCUGGUACUUGGUGUGUUCUAGUGAAACGUGGAACUGUCUCUGAUAGUGUUGAGUGGGUCUCUUAACCCUCAUUCUUUGCAGCAUGGAAACUUUCAUGGAUGUCCUUCAAAUGCUCAUGUAGUUGGUAGGCUUGAUUUGUUGUACUUCUCGCAGUAGUGGAGCUGUGUCAGUAGUCUGUCAGGUGCUGAAUAGUGACAAACUUGGGGCAAAUGUCUUUGACUUACACUUCUCAAAACUGCAGACCCUGGGACCAAAAAUAACCAAGAACCUCCCUAUCAUUUAAUUGGAAGUUUGUCUUCUGACUAGUGAUGGAAGAAUUUAAAUUCUGAACUACAGGCAGGGACCAGCCUUUUUCAGGGCCCAGUUGUCCCCAGUAAUCAUGUUGGGGUUGCCAAAAUGAAUCUAGUUUUCAGGUAUUGGACGAAAUGUUGCUUAUUUGAGACUUUUCCAGACUGUUAAGAGUGAAGCCUGUGAAUAUCACUCAAAGGUUUCUUUGGGACUGAGAACCUGUUUAAAAGCAGCUGGUCUACGGCUGGUUAAACCUGGGUUCCAUCCUGUGAACAAGGACCUGAUGUGUAGAAAUAAAUACUGGAUUAUAAGCCAUGGUGUUGUAUUCACUUCAGCUCGUCUGGCUGUGCAGGAAGGACCAUCAGAUCAGGAUCAUUUUAAUGUUUGCUUCACUUGUGUCAAACCGAAAAGCUGCUAAAAACACUGCUGUGUUACAGCUGAGUUGUGUCCAACACGUAGCAGCAGAGCUCUGUGAAUCCAUGUCCUUUGAUGCACCACUGCUGAGGCAGGAGGAACAAAGAGGCCCCUUGACUCUCCUGCAGGAUGAAUUUGCACCAUCCCAUCAGCGCCGUUCAGAGCAGACUCAAAUAUGAGGUGAAACCACUGAAUACUGCUGAAGUUACACAGCAUUAUUAGUAAUUCAGCCAGUUUCCAGUAAAACGGGUAAUGUAGAUCCAAAGAAACAAUAAAUAUGGUCUGAUUGACAUAUCAUUUGUUAAAUAUUUUUUAUAUAAGAUUAAUUACUAUGGAAGAGAAGUGUUUUAUAGCAAUAAUACAAAAUAUGGACUAGUAGGUUCUUUUACUCAAGAUGGGUCAGGCAGCAGUUUUGAGAAGAUUCUUUUGCAACAACCUUAUUAUAUAGUGGAUUAAGAAACAUUCACUGAAAAUAAAUUUUCACCUGAUUUUUUUGUUCAUUAAAAUAUAUAUAUGGGUAUUCUAUUUUCUAUGAUACACACUUACUUGGAAAUAAGUAAUAUAAGCAAUACUGAUGUUCUAUUUAGGUAGCCAUAAAUAGUUUAGAAAUUAGAAUAUAAAAACAAUUGUUUAGGAGUUGGUAAUGUCUAGUACAGUAAUUUUCUUACUUGUUUCUUUUUCCCCUUCCCCUAAAACUGGAGUUAAGGUUUUCAGUGUAUUGGUGUCUACAUCUUCUCUUUAAAACAAAUGUAAACACUGUGUUGCAUAGAACUCGAAAAAUUGCACUAAUUUUUAAACUUUUGGUUUUAUUUUUUUCUUUGGGAAAAAUUCUUUUAUAUUCACAUAAAGAUUUUUAAAAUUA